CUCCCUGCCUUCCCUCGUCACAGGUGUCUGACAACAAAGCAUCCCUGCCGCCCAAGCCAGGGACCAUGGCAGCAGGUGGCGGUGGGCCAGCCCCUCUGUCCUCAGCGGCGCCCUCCCCCCUGUCAUCCUCUUUGGGAACAGCUGGACACAGAGCCAACUCCCCGUCUCUGUUCGGCACGGAAGGAAAACCAAAGAUGGAGCCUGCGGCCAGCAGCCAGGCGGCCGUGGAGGAGCUAAGGACACAGGUCCGCGAGCUGAGGAGCAUCAUCGAGACCAUGAAGGACCAGCAGAAACGAGAGAUUAAACAGUUAUUGUCUGAGUUGGAUGAAGAGAAGAAAAUCCGGCUUCGGUUGCAGAUGGAAGUGAACGACAUAAAGAAAGCUCUACAAUCAAAAUGAAUACUUGAUCAAUGAAAUGUCACAUUAUUCAUCCUGAGUCCGAGACUCAAAUUUUCUGCCCCAGCCAAAAUAAUCUUGUGCCAAAAGAUUAAAGGUUUGCCUCAAAAUGUCCCUGUUUGAAAGAUUAGCACAAAAGUCUUGAUAGCACAACACAAAUUCCAUCCAAGAGGAGAAUCUUCCCCAGGGUUUAGUCCUGGGGCUGGCACUCGUUGUGACUUACACAGAGCAAAAUUGUGCUAAAGGCUUUUCUACUCUGAGAUCUCAAUGCGAAAUGAAAACUCAGGCAGCUUAGUCCAUAGUGGUACUAUUUUGAUGAUAUUUUCCAUUAAUAAAAUGUAAUUUCAGAUUAUUCGUUUACAAGCUUUAUAAUUUUAUGAUUUUUUAAUCGUGUUUUGUCACAGACUUCCCUAGUGUUUGUACUACACGUAGUCAGAAGCGAGUGUCCUUUUCUUUUGCUUCAGGCUAAGAGCUGCCUCGCUCUUUGUCCCCCCAUUAGGAUUCUAUUACAUAUGCAAUUGUAGGUUCAACCUGUCCCUUUCCCUGCCAGCAAACCCCACCACCCUAAGAGAAAUUUUAGCUUAUAUAUGAUGGUAUAUUUACAAAAAGAGAAAGAGAAAGUCUGGUAUUUGCAAUGAUCUGUGCCUUCUUUUUACCACCCUCUUGAUUGGAGCUUUUGUGAUGCAGCUACCAUGAUUCAAAAAAAUUAAAAAUUAAAAAAAAAAAUCUGCCACUUAUCCAAGUCCACUAGAGGCCACUGUCUUCAAAGCUUCUCUCACCGUAGCCAAAGGUCCUAAGAGGAGACAGCUGUGAAGUUGGGCGUGCUCUGUGGUACCAGCUGUGACUUUUCUAUUUCUCCUAGUUUUAGGUUGUUCAUGAAACUAGAAAUGUCAUCCUGCUUGAUUUUUCAUCAGCCAAGUUAAACUCCUGCUUUCUGUCCUUUGCACCUUUUGCGUGAACAGAAUAUGCAUUAUUAAAGCAAAAAUAAAUAAAAGUAAAAUGCAAAUGAAAACAA